AGUUAAGAGGAUAAGAAGCAAAUGAUCCCUACGAAGUAUUUAAAUGUCGUCUUCUAGUACUUUUUCAACUUAUCAAGCAACUAUUGCUCAUAUUUAAAAGUAAUUUUGCAAGAUAUACAAAAGUUAUUAUUUUUAUUCUAGCUGACAGUUUUGCAAAAAUAUCCCGCUAUAGUUUUAAAAAUUCUACUUUGCCGCGUAUAAACUUUAAUAUAUCAGCUGUGUGUACUUACUACUGAGGAAACCUUGGCAUCAAAAACAUAAAAACAGGUUUAGCUACGCACUCCCUAUCUCAUUAUCAUAAUGGCAAUAAUUGACCUGAAAGUUUUUUGUAAACUCCGAGAAUUUUUCUAUGGAUAGUUAAAUUAAAAUGUGAAGAAGUUGGACAGUUCCAGAAUUCAGAUUUGUCACAGAGAAGAUGAUUUGACAGUUCUCUACCAUAUGAUAUCUGAACUCUUUUCCUUCCUCUUUUAAGACUGCAGAUCGUCUCAAGUAUGGCAAGUUUGGUCUACUAGCAGAGUAAGGAUGGAAAGUUUACGGAGCCAGGACGCACUGAGAAUUCUUGCUGAGGAAAUCCGGGAGCUACGAGAUACGUCCUACUCAGAGUUAAAGAAUUUAACAUGGAUCAAGGAAGCAUGGCAUCCUGGAUCCAAAAUAUCAGGGUUCAAGCUCACCUCGGCUCUGUUUUGUCUUAUCAUAAUGGUUGGUUUAUUUGGAGAAGGUUCAGGAGAAAGUCUUUUCUCUGGACUAAUCGUUCUAUUGAUCACGAUAUUAAACCUAGCGGUCAGCGGUAUGGACAGCUACCUGAAGAGAGAAGAGAUUUACAGAAAAACAGAUAGGGUUGUGAAUGAGCUUGUAAGAGAAAGUAUCCGUGAAUGGAAUCCUGGAAAUUAUCCACAUCUGCAUACACCAAUAUCAGCUAGUGUUGUGCUACAGUGGGUUAUUAGGAACAACGAAAUGGUUAAUCUUCCCUGGGCUCUCCUGGUUAAAGGAGAUAUAGUUCUUAUCAAACCAGGACAAAUAUCUCCAGCAAGGUGUCAGUUGAUAAAUGAGAAGAUAAACCUGAGCUUGGAUCAGGGAGAAACCUUCCAUAUAGACGCCUUCAAGCGGAUGGAAAAGAGUUUGCUACCUGAGUUCAAACCCUCCAUGGAACCUCAGAAGUUCCGACUGUCGGAGACACCAUACCUGAGACAAUUGAAACCAAUCCUGAACGAAGCUUCGAACCGUCCAAUAUCGAAACUUAACAAGCACAAACAUUUUCUUAACUCUAUCCUGGAGAAUAUUCUGUUUCCGAUCCUAGUUCCCCUGCUCCUAGCCUGGAACUGUUUCCGAUACAAGUACAGUUGGAACUGGUUCCCAGAGACAAGUGUCAGUGUUCUUUUUCUUGCAGAGCCGGUUACACUAGGUAUCCCUCUGGUUCCACUAGCAUUCCCUAUCUGGUGGAUAAUAUCCAACCAUGCAGCUUUAUCCAGUGUUCUAGAGAUAUUUAGACGCAGUAGUGCAAUUCAAACUUCUGAUCCGUUCGACGAUACAAUGGAGACACCAGAGAUGGAAGAGAAGGGUCCCGAGGUGACCUGGAGACAUGUAAAACGGAUCUUAGUCUCAAGUAUGGUGGGGAGAGGAGAAUAUCUUUCACGAACAGAGAACCUACUUCAUACACUUGGUUCCGUUACUUCAUUCUGUUGCAUUGACAAAAAAGGUGUUUUAUCCUGGCAGAAUCCCUCAGCGGAGAAGAUAUUUUUCUUCAAGCCUAAAUCAAACCAGGAUCUGGACUUACUUAACGAAGAUUUUGAAGAAAGUGAGGUAUCAUCUGAAGUUCUCACGGUUACUCACGACCAUAACAAUCCUUUUAGGGUAGACUUUGAUGAUCCUCAGUGGAAAAACUUCAUGCCGAACCUGAAACCUCUCGGUCUCUCCAUCCUUCUCAACACCUGCAACCUAUGGACAGAGGAGAAGUACACCUACUUUUUCCAGCAUCUUCUCUGUGAAUCUGUCCGGGAACCUAUCCAAGGAGAUGUCCAAGACACCAAUACUCUAGAUCUUCUCCCAAUACCCUCCAGGGGAUGUUUGUGCGAACUUUCCUCCAGGAUUGGAUUUCCGAGAGGAUAUGAAAACGAGUUUGAGCUGAAAGAGCAAAUGCAAACUUUCCGUCCUGUUAUUUCUGCAACGUCGAGAGCAGAUUCAUUCACCCGGAACCUUGCCCUGGCUAAACUCAAGUUUCCGUUCCCACACAUGGUUUCACUCGUGGUAGAGAACCAAUACGAUAAGAAUCUCCAGGUUGUGACUCAAGGUACCGCGGAUAUAGUGGUUGACUCCUGUACUGAUGUUUGGGUUGGAAAUGAUCUUGUGAAUUUAAAUGAAGAAAUCAGGAAAAAAAUCCUCGAGUUUUAUCACCGAGCUAGUUUAACCUCGUACUGUUCUGCCUUCGCGUACAGACCAAUAACCCGUAUUCCGCCCUGGCCGGACAAAGAUAAUUACCUGGAGUUACCGCAGAACUCAUCUCCCUUUAUAAACCACUUCCACCAGGGCAGUAUGGAUUCUAUAGACAGGGUUUCCACGGGACCCGAUUUUGGCUUAGAUCAUGAAACUGAUGAAUCUCUGGAUCCGGUUUCUCAUCGGGUUUACUCCUGCAUAGAAGCUCAGUGUAACCAGACAUUUCUGGGUAUGGUUCAGAUGCAAUACCAGGCCAGGGUUGAUAUUGUUCAGUUUAUAGAUCUCCUGGAGAAGGCCUGUAUCAGGUUUGUACACUUCAGCAAGGAGAAUGAAUUGAGAUCUCGAGUAUUCUCUGAAAAGAUGGGAUUGGAGAGUGGUUGGAAUUGUCACAUCUCUCUCCGGAACGACUCCGACCUGAAGAACAAGACGAAGCUAAUGUACAACAGGAAGUGGGUUACAAAGAAGUUCUCCACUGAGAAGGAGAGUGUAAAGCACUACAUGUCUGCAUCCGUCCCAGAGAAAUUUAAUGAAUACGGCCGACGACGGACAGACUUCUCCAAGUUCGGAGAAUUUCAAAAACCUCUUCUCAAUAGUUUAGAUAGUGACGGGAGCCUAGGGACCAGGAGUAGUAGUGUAAAUACAAUGCUCCAGUAUGAUAUGAGUAACCGAGCUCAGCUUCCUUGUGGUAUAGAGAACAUACGUCCUCAUCUACAAGAGAUGGAUAAUGUUCCUCUUCUCGUCAGUCUUUUUACGGACUGCAGUCCAGGAUCUACCCGUGAGAUGGUUAAGAUAAUGCAGGAGAACGGUGAAGUAGUUGCAACACUAGGCAGCUCUGCUAACUACCAUAAUAUGCAAAUAUUUCUAGCAUCAGACGCUAGUCUAGCUGUAGAACCACUCUAUCCACAGGUUUGUCAACAUGUCUCCGUGUAUUCUUAUCCACAGACUGGACUCUCUCCAACCGACCUGGCCAGUCAUCUCACAGCAAUAUCAUCCUCAGUUCUGUUCAAGCGAGAUGAUCAAGUUACUAUCUACGGUAGUAUUGUUGCCAGUAGAAGACAUGUUCUAGCUCUCCGUCAUAUUCUUCAAUUCUGGUGUUCCUCCUCCCUCUUCUUAUCCUUCUCCGUUCUACUUUGUUUAGUAUUCGCCCUGCCUAGUCCUGUAUCAGCUGUUCAGCAGGUUAUCCUCUGUAUCUUCGUUCUUCCUCUUCUUUCAACCGGCUUAUUCUUCUCUGCUUCUGAUAGAAAUAUCAGGAACAUAUCGACAGGUAAAAACUGUUCAGUUCAUCUCUCCCAAGAUAUAUUCUGGUAUUCGAGCUGGUGCUACGGUUGUAGGUUUCUCAUCCCUAUACUCUCCAUCCUUACCUCUCACUUUAUAUCCAUCUUCCAUAUUCUCCAGGUAUGUGAGAAGGAGUGUAUUGUUGGACUAUUUGUUCUCCAGGACGUAAACUCGACCUUUAUCACCCUCUACCUUAUCCUCAUCUCCCUUACCUUUGUGUCUAGGACGGAUCAACUCUGGAAGUUGAAACCCAGGAAGAGUUGGCAAAUCCUUGUAACAGGUUUCUGUAUAUCCGUCCUUCAGAUUAUCUACCUCACCGUGAACCUUGUUCUAUACGAAGCAAAGUAUAUCUCCGUCUUCACCUGGAGUCUGUACACCUUCUCCCUCUUCCUCACCAUCAUACUGAACGAAUUCAUUAAACGUCACGAAAUCAAAGUAAAUCUCAGAUUUCAGAAACGAGCUCGCCUCGACUUUGGAACUAAACUCGGUAUAAACUCGCCAUUUUAGAUUUAUUGUUUCAGA